GGAUGAAUUUAUCUUCAGAGCCAAAGACUCGAGAAGAUUUUCGACAGCAUUUCUGCUAUCUGACUCUGGAUCCCAACACGGAACACGGUUACCUCCGUCUGUGUGAGAAAGACAGAGCAGUGAGACGGAGCAAGAUAGACAAGUCGAAGCCUCGUCAUCCUGAGAGGUUUAACUCCAUCGCUCAGGUGCUGAGUAAGGAGAGUGUGCGUGGACGCAGUUACUGGGAGGUGGAGAGGAGCCAUGACGCAGUUGUGUACAUCUCAGUCUCAUAUAAAGGGGUCAAUCAAAUAGAGCCGCCCAGACGCACUAUAUUUGGGUACAACGAUCAGUCCUGGAGUCUGUCGUGUUCUCGCUCUUCCCUCCGUUUUUAUCACAAUGACAUUAAGACCGAGAUCGGAGUUCCGUCGCCAUUCAAAAUAGGAGUGUAUGUGGAUCACAGUGCAGGAACUCUGUCCUUCUACAGCGUCUCUGACACCAUGAAGCUCCUCCACAGUUUCCACACCACAUUCACUCAGCCUCUAUAUGCUGGCUUUACUCUCUGGGCUCCUGAAUCAGUAGUCAGGUUUUCAGAGCCACAGUAA